UUCAAAAACAAUAUCUCACACCACGAGUUACUGUGUAAAACGGAAAAAGAAAAAGGGAAUGGGAACAAUAACAGCUCCGUGGAAGCAACUUCUUCUCAACGCUUUGGAAUCUAAUUCCCAUCUCAAGCACUCUUCCUACUUUCAACUCGCCACGGUGGGAUGCAACGGAAGACCCUCCAAUCGCACCUUGGUUUUUAGAGGAUUUCAAGAGAGCAGCGACAAGUUCCAUAUCAACACCGAUAACAGGACUCACAAGAUAGAAGAGCUAAAGCAUUGCCCUUUUGCUGAGAUGUGUUGGUACUUUACCGAUUCAUGGGAGCAGUUUCGAAUCAGUGGAAGAGUUGAUUUUAUUGAUGGAUCCAAUCCUGACAACUUCAAACUCCAGCAAAGGGAGAAAUCUUGGUUUGCUAGCUCUGUUAAAUCAAGGCUACAAUACUUGGGACCUAAUCCUGGUCUGCCCCGCAUAAGUGAGCACCAAAGUGAGGAGGAAGUUCGUUUAGAUCCUUCAAUUGGCCCGGUUGCUGCUUUUUGUCUGCUUGUUCUUGAUCCUGAUCAGGUUGAUUAUUUGAAUUUGAAGAAUAAUGAGAGAGUUAAGUUUAUAUCUACACUUGAUAUGAAUGGAGUGAAAAACUGGACAUCAGAGAGAAUCAACCCUUGAUUUUGUUUUCAGUUUCUAAAGCCAUGAGAUGGACACACAAUGGCAUAUGGUUGAUGUGGAAUAACAUAUUAUAAUCUUUUAUACAUCAAUUUUCGCUGGUUGUAUGUAUGUAUUUUAGAUUCCAUAAAUAAAUAUAGUUUCUUCUUGAUCAUGUAAUAA